CUCGUGGUGGUCAGGCGUGUGUGUUGUGCGGAUUCCUAAUUUGGAGUCCUCUUUCAUUCUGACUGUCCAAGGAGAAAUUCCCAAGCUGUCACUACAGCGCCCUUGGCCGCCAGCACGAUGUUGAAAUUUAUGAAACACCAACAGAAAAUUACUCCAGAACGAAUACAGAAGCAGAAGGAGCUUUUUGACUUCAACAAGGUACGGGCAGCCGGGCGUCGAGAUGUACGGACAGCGAGAGGAUUCGGAGGCUGCCAUCACCCACCUCACCUUCCUCAAGGGACAGUGCCGCCUGGUGUCACUGUUCGAAGACAACAGUCUACACCUAUGGCAGUUAAACCAGCAGGAUGACUCUGGUGGUUCGUUGGAAUUAGUUCAUGCUAACUCCACAUGCUUAGAGGGAAAGUUGAAAAAGAUUAGUGUGGUGGUGGCAGACAGCAAGAGUGAACACCUGAUGGUCGGCACAGAGGGCGGUAACAUCUACCUGCUCAACCUAGCAACUUUUGCCAUGUCAGACAAUAUUAUUUACCAGGAUGUAGUCAUGCAGAACGUUCCUGAGGACUACAAAGUUAACCCUGGCCCAGUGGAGGCAAUUGCAGAGCACCCCACAGAACCUGACAAGAUCUUAAUCGGCUAUCAGCGUGGGCUCAUUGUGUUGUGGGAUAAGAAGAAUCUGUGUGCUGAUCAGACAUAUGUAUGCACUCAACAACUAGAAUCUGUGUGCUGGCAUCCGGAUGCAAGCCAGUUUACGACAUCUCAUAACGACGGCAGCUACAUGGUCUGGUCAUCCACCGAAUCAUCUGAGCCUGUUGACGGUCCACAGACUGUGUAUGGGCCUUUUCCUUGCAAACCUAUCACCAAAAUUCUAAGACCGGCAGCUAAAGAAGGUGACCUCAUUAUCUUUGGAGGAGGCAUGCCCAGAGCAAGCUACGGCGACCGCAAUACAGUGACUGCCAUGCAGGGAGAGUUCCACGUCACUUUCAAUCUUACUUCCAGAGUCAUUGACUUUGUUGUAGUUGAUGAUGAUGAAAGUGGUCAAGCAGGUUGUCUGGUGGUUCUAGCAGAAGAGGAGGUCGUCUUCAUAGAUCUCAUGACUGAAGAAUGGCCAUCAUUUGCAGCACCUUACUUGGCAUCUCUACACUCCUCUGCCAUUACCUGUUUAUGCUUGGUUUCGGGAAUAAUGCCAGAUCUUUAUGAAAAAAUAAAGGAAGCAGGAUCUAAGCAACAGGUUGGCUUAUCCACACGCCCUUGGCCAAUCAAUGGAGGAAUUUUGCAAAGUUCUGACCCGCCCAAACAGCGAGAUCUUCUCAUAACAGGUCACGAAGAUGGUACUGUACAAUUUUGGGAUGCAUCUGGGGUUUCUCUGACACACCUGUACAAAUUCACAACGGCAAAGCUCUUUGUGUCAGAGGACCUCGCUGGAGAUGGGGCAGCUGCUGAAGAUGAUGAUUGGCCUCCAUUUAGAAAAGCAGGGUUGUUUGACCCAUAUAGUGAUGAUCCUCGUCUUGGUAUCAAGAAGAUGGAGAUGUGUGCAUACACAGGGACUCUUGUUGUAGCGGGCACAGCAGGCCAAGUCCUUAUCCUUAAUAUUAACAUGGAAGAAAAGGAACUUGUACCUGAGGCUGUAGAUGUAAAUUUGGUAGCUGAGACGGACAACUUUGUCUGGAAGAGUCAUAGCAAACUGGACAUGCAGACUGAAGCUGUUAAGUUUGAGGCUGGCAUGCAGCCCACAGCGGUCGUACAGUUUUACCCUCCAGCUUCCUGUACGUCUUUGACCCUAAACAGUGAAUGGGGUCUUGUUGCUUGCGGUACAGCUCAUGGAUUUGCACUCUUUGACAUUAUUCAGAAGAAGAACUUGCUUGCCAAAAGUACUUUAAGCCCUCUAGACUUAGCCAACACAGCUGAUGAAGGACCAAUGUCCAGGAGAAAAUCCCUCAAGAAGUCACUACGAGAGUCAUUCCGCAGAUUACGCCGUGGAAGAUCCCAAAGAAAAACAGGGAAGCCAGGAGCCACCUCGCCAACAGGGGCACAUCCUCAAAGUGCUGGAGGUGGAGGGGCAGCAGCAGAUGAUGAUGGGUUGAAGCCUGUGGAGAGAGCCAUUGAAGCACGCUCACAGACCAGUGACUACAUUGGAUCUAUGGUUCGUUGUUUGCACCUAACAAAAUGCUUCAUUGCCAACACUCAGCUGAUGUCUGCCACUUUAUGGGCGGGCACCAACAGUGGCGCCAUCUUCGUCUUCACAAUUGCUAUUCCACCCUCUGAGAAGCGCAGUGAGAUCCCACUAAGUGUCCAGAUUGGCAAAGAAAUCCACCUCAAACACGGCGCUCCCGUGAUCAGUAUAUGUGUGCUUGAUGGGGCAAAUCGACCCUUCCCUGAACCCAUGGCUGUGAAGAAGGAGGCUGCCCCUGCACCAAAUCCCAAUAUGCCACAUAGAGUGUUGAUAUGCUCUGAAGAACAGUUUAAGGUGUUCACUCUACCACAGCUGAAGCCUUUCUGCAAGUUUAAACUAACCGCACAUGAAGGAUCAAGAGUACGGAAGAUUGGCUAUGCAGACUUUGUUUCAACAGCUGAUGAGAGUUAUCGGGAAGCAGGCUUUAUGAUAAUGUCUAAUCUUGGGGACUUUUCCUUGUAUUCCCUGCCUGAUUGUCGAAGACAGAUGCAGGUGGCAUAUAUUAAGCGGGAAGAUAUCAAUGGUAUCAAUAGUGUGGUCUUUAGUAAUCGCGGUGAGGCAUUGUAUAUGAUGUCACCAUGUGAGCUGCAGAGAGUGUCACUGUCUGCACGGCACAUCACUAGACCCUGUGGCACCAUACCUAUUGUCAAACCAGAACCAGUCGAAGAAAAAAUUGAAGAGGCAGCCAAAGAAAAGCCAGCAAGUGAAGGCCCUGCUGGAGAGGAUGGAGCUGGCUCUGCAGCCCCAGAGACUCAAGGGGAAUCAGCAGCUACUAAUGAAAAUCAGGGUGAAAGUGGAACAGCCAAAGAGGAGAAGCCUGCAGGGGAGGCCGUCGGAGGAACAGUGAACAAGAAGGUGGAAGAAGUAAAAGAGAAUGGUGACAGCAGUGUCCUCAGCGGAGAUAUAACCAUUGACUCCAUUCGUGACCAUAUGGAUGAUCUCAAACUCGCGGAGAAGAGCGUAGAGCUGGUGGGCGGGAGUAGCACCUCCAGCUCAAAUGUGGUGACGACAAGUAGUGCUUCGACCAAGCAGGAGAGUAGUAGCAGUGUGACCAUUGUUAAGUCCACCACUAUCACGUCUGUGUCCUCCUCAUCCCAAGAGUCGUCAUCCAUUCAAGUAGUUGAGACGGCGGCAUCAGCAGUCAACCACAGUGCAGUGAAUGGAACGGAGACUAAGAAGAGAGCACCGUUAGCCAAGGCUGAGUCCUUCUUCAGCAAGGAACCAAGAGUCGUGAAGGAAGAGUAAUUGUUGUCAAUAGAUUACAUAAGCCUCACUUUGUAGGAUGAAGUACCAGUGAUUGGUAGUUUUAUGAAACCCUUUAUAGGACUUUUUUUUCAGGCCCAUUGUUUGCACUUUUAUAUGGAGAAUGCAUUUAAAUGGAAGUAGAUAUGUGAUGGGGUUGGACAUUCUUUCAACUUGAAUAAGGUAGAUUAUUACAAGAUAAAUAUUUUCCCCCACUACUGGAGGUAGUUGUUAUUUUUAUAAAGAGAAGUGAUGGAAAGAGGUUAUCUGUUUUUAACUUUGUGAGGCAGUAUUGCUGUGAGACUUGAAUAAAGUUGCUGAAGUGUGCAAACUUCAAAGAGAUGAAAAAAUUUAUAUAGAUAUCAGUAAGCAGGCCAAAAUACCCAAAUUACUUCUGUAAGUAACUGAAUUGCCAAAUACCUUUUUCUGAUUUGCGGUGCCUUGCGGUCUCAUGUACUUCUAUUACUCAUAUUUACUGUGAACACAUC